GCGACAUACUGUGUGAAUGGAUUCCAUGGUGUAAGCAAGUGUUCAGUCUGAUUGAAUGAUCGGGGCUAAACACGUCUGGCACAGUCUGGGACAAACGGCAGGCGUCAAAUAAAGCUGGAAGACAGCAGUAAAGAUGACGUGUCGUCACACCUGUAAAUCCUUCUUCAAGGGCAUAACGGUAGAACCUGUACUGUUCGUGUACAUGUUGGCGUCUUUUCUGCAGUUUCCCGCGACGCAAGGUCUUGCGUUUUCAAAAGUUUGCCUCCUAAAGUACAAUAGCACCCAAUUUUGUGAGAGACUUAGACACAACGACACGCCAAACUUUGAGGAAACGUUUAUUCAGUCGAAGACGUCGUUAUGGAUUACAUUCCUCACCAUUUCUCUCACGGCACCAUCUAUUCUAACGACGGCUUUCAUUGGCUCAUGGGGUGACAAGAUCGACCGGAAACUUCCUCUGAUACUGCCAUGCAUUGGUGGAGCACUUUCUUCCUUGUGUUUCCUGAUUAACAGCGUGUUUGUCAAGUUACCUUUGCCUGUGCUGUUAGUUGGACCUAUACUGAACGGGCUAACUGGCGGAUUUGUAACGAUGAUCAUGGCGACGUUCAGCUAUGUGACUCACGUUUCGGAAACGAGAUCUCGAACUUCUCGUGUUGCUGUCGUAGAAGCCAUGUCCUUCAUCGCCGGAACGCUGGGAGUGAUAUUAAUGGGGAUUAUUCUUGAUCGAGCUAGUUUUACUGUUUUGUUUUCUUUGACGUCAGUCCUGUUCGUCAUUGCACUUAUGUACGUUUUAAUAUUUGUAAAAAAAUUGCAAACAGACUGUGGCCAAAGUCAAUCCGACCAAAGACUAAGGCAGCGACUGGGGCACUAUUUCAACGUGACUCACGUGAAGGAAUCGAUGGUUUGUGCGUUCAGAAGACGCGAUGGCCAUAAUCGCUUACACCUUUGGAUUCUGUUUUCUGUCAUCGCAAUACUAAUGAUUUGCACAUCUGGUCAGAUGGACAUUUUGCUGCUAUUCGUGAGGCACUCGCCGUUGUCUUGGUCCUAUGGUCUCUAUGGUUACCUACAGGGGUUACACAACGGGCUCCGGAGCCUCCUUCUUUUAUCCCUGCUGCCACUCCUCAAGAAGAUCGGACUCCGUGACUCCACGCUGGUGCUCACGGGAUUGGUGUCCAAAGUGGCAGGGUUGGUGCUGCUCGGCUUGUCCUCCAAAACGUGGAUGGUGUUUCUAGUGCCUGUGGUGUCUAUGUUAGAAGGUUAUCCUUCUGCAGGGUGUCGUUCUUUGAUGUCAAGAAUGGUGGAGAAAGAUGAACAAGGUAAAAUAUUCGGUGCUGUAGCCUCGAUUGAAAGUAUAGCUACUUUGUUGGCCUCCGUAAUAUUCAAUAAUAUCUACUCUGCGACACAGUUCUACCCUGGGCUGACCUUCCAGAUAAUGGCCGGCCUUUGUAGCGUAUCUAUCGGAUUAAUGCUACUCGUACACAUCCAUUUGAUAGGUAAUUGGUACAGUGAUCUCGUUGAAUCCGAAGCCCAAGAGGAACCUACUCACACCGAAAACAUUCAGGAUAGGGACGACGACGACUCCUCUAUAGCAGUUACAAGAUGAUUGGCGGUUAUGUUGUAUGUUUACUACAUGUAUAUUGGACACAUGUAUAGACAAGGGUGUACGGUCUGGUCUGCGAAUGCAAUGGAGGCAUCUUUAUUUCUAUCUGAAAACCUAAUUAAAGGACAAAACAGCGCCUAGCUAAAACAUAUUUCAGUGGAAAGCAGGAUACUCAAACUUUCUUAAAAGCAUCAUGCUUUAUUAUUUUAAUGAGAUUUCACCCCAUAACAUGUAGCACAAAAUGACAAUACUGCACAAAUGGCUGGUGUGAGUCAAGGCAGCCAUGUUGAGAAUUUUAUCCAUUCAAACACGUUGGUAUCUGAUUGCGCGGUUUAAGAUGUGACGUAGCCUUUACCCAUCCACUUCUUUGAGUAACAAAACUAUUGCAUAAGAUAUCACUUUGUUGUCGUUUAAAAUGGUUUAGUUGAAUGAUACCCGAUGGGCCGUUCACAAAGUGUUGUAGGACAGGUCCGUAUCAUUUACGGACCACCACAGACGUAAAAUCAUUUCAUUUACAAGCCUUAUAAUAUUCAACCAUGGUAUCACAAAUUGUGUCAAACAGUAGCAUACCGUCUCCUCCCAAACCGCAUUCAUCUCCCUAAAUACAUUUUUGUCAUUCAAUUUAACAUUUAGUCAGCAGUUUUUAAAUAAUAAAUUUAUCAGAAUCUGUGCAAACUGCAUUAUUGAUGCCGAAAGUUUAUGGGAAUGAGAUGACGGCAUUUCACCGGACAACGCUUAAAAUAUAUUAAAAAUCUUAUGAUAUAAUUUCUUUUCUCUGAAUUUAUUACAACUGAAGAAUAUAAAUUUUGCUCCUUCGUCUUUCUCCCAUACAAAAUUGAAGAAUAAAAUCAAGCGACAGUAGAAUGUUUAGAUCAGCCUCAUUGGUGCUUAGAUUUAUUUCCAUUUAUUUCAGAAUUGAGUAUGAAUCUAGUUGCACAACAGUCCUGUUGUGCAACUUUAACAACAGUUAAAUUUUGUAAACAUUUAAUUGAGCUCAAAAUCACCAGGACAACCGCUCCGGAGGCUUUUACCUGAACCAUGAAUAGUCCGGCCGUGCAUCUGCAGCUAGGCUAUUGAAACAGGGUCGAUGGAGUUCCUUGUAAAUGAUAUAGUAGGCCUGCUGUAUCAACAGUUCAAGCAGUGGAAGAAACAUUCUUCCAGUAUGUCUAAUUUCCGAGAAAACUAUAUUUAUCACUUGGGCGGGCUUCCCUGGCCGAAGUGCACAACUUCUAUCUGUCCUAGGCUACUGCUUGGACUAUUAUACGGAAAAUACCUUCGACUUUAGAAAGAUAGAGUAAACGUUACGUCAGCUUGCCCUAGAUAAUGGAGACGUGCUGAAGCUGUGUCAAGACCAAGUUUCACGAAACUUUUUACUGGGUUGAAAAAAUCUAAAAAAAAUAUUUAAAAAUUUAAAUAUUUAGCCUUUCAGUAGACUUAAACAUUAGUCAAGCGCUGUCUUUCACUUUAAGUAAGACAGUUCAAAAUUGUGACGCAUGUUCUUACCGCUGUAUUGUAAUGAUUUGAUUCGUUUUGAAGGAUAUUGCUGUAUUUUUUUCAUUUUUAAGCAAAUUUUACAAAUUUUGGUUCAAUUGUCCUUUGGCUUGAGUGUUAGGAGGGCUGAACUUCACGGUAAAUGUGGAUUUCUUUAUCAUCCAUUAUCACUAUAACUACAGAAAAGGGAAGGGUAGAGGUGGCAAAUGUGUUUUGUACACACCUUCAUAGCCGCUACAUGCAGGCUAAUUUGUUUUCGUUCCCAGACUACCUCUGCUCAA